AAGUCAGUGUACUUGUGUAUAAGUCAGUGUACUUCUGCAUAAGUUGAUAAAAUUAGCAUUUUGACACAAACGGCACCCCAUAUUCUGUGCACUGCCUAUUUAUCAUAACGAUAUAUAAAGAAACAGGCUGAAAAAUUAAUAGCUUAACUAAUGUAUUGUACAAUAGCUACAUGUACUAGUCAGUGAGAGAUUUCAGUCAAGAUGAGGGGAAGAGAUAUCUGUUCUGCAAUAAUACGGUUCAGCCUCCUUGUCGCUUCUUCUAUUGGUUGGAUCACUCUGACAGUAGGAGGGUGGUUACAGUACAGACAAGUACAAGCAGCUACAUGCAACGAUUAUUUUAAACCGUUUCACAAUUGGUUUCUCGCACCGUUUGCGAUACUAUGGAUAGGAGCAGUUCUAUCGUACAUACUGACACUACUGCACUUGAUAGCCAACCUCAAGUACAAGAAUGCAGUGCACAUAAUGCACUGUGUGGUAUCCUACUUGUCAGAGGGUGGUAUACGUACAGUACUUUAAGUGUUUACUAAGUACACAUGUUGAAACUUGGGACACUAACAAAAACAAAACAGUUUCAGUGUUUGCUAAGCAUAAUUAUACAAGCAUGUAGAUAGUUUAUUCAGUGAGUAUCAGAUGACGCUCCUAAGCUAGAAAAUUCCAGCUGAUUGGUUACAGUAUACUGUUCACACUGUUUGGUGGAUUGAGUGUGGUGGCUGCUCUGCUCUACUUUAUAGUACCACCACCGAUUAUAAAUUUCCUGCAUUGUUUUGACGACACAUACAUGAGGGUUAUGCUGAGUGGGACCAUAAUGAUUACACUCUUCCAGUGGAUAAGCAGCUGCAUUUGGCCACUGUUCAACUAUGAGAUACACCCACACAGACAAGACUAUCAAGUACUGGAGGAGAGUGUUAACUUCAGAUAGUCACCAAUUUUUGUCACAGAGAUUAUAUCACUUUUUAUAUUCCAAGAGAGCCAAAAUUGAUACUCUGAUGCAGCAAUCAUCUCCAUUAUGUAUAUCACAUCAGUUUUUAUGAAUUUCAAAACAAUGACGUAAUGUCAACUAGGAAUCUACACGUACAUGUAGUUAAUUCAGUUGCAGUGUUGAUUGUUUUGUUAGCAUUAUUCUACAGUUUCAACAUGUACGUACUUUGCAUCUAAACGUACGCACGGUACAUGCACAAUGUAUACAUACAUUGCCUACAAAGUUAUUAGAGACAGAAAAAAGUUGAAAUUAAUAGCUUAACUUGUGUAAUGUACAAUUGUACUUCUAGACAGUGAGAGAUUUUCAAUCAAGAUGGAAAAAGAUAUCUGUUCUGCAAUAAUACGGUUUUGCCUCCUUGCUGCUUCUUCUAUUGGUUGGAUCACUCUGACAGUAGGAGGGUGGUUACAGUACAGACAAGUACAAGCAGCUACAUGCGACGAUGAUUUAAAACCGUUUCACAAUUGGUUUCUCGCACCGUUUGCGAUACUAUGGAUAGGAGCAGUUCUAUCGUACAUACUGACACUACUGCACUUGAUAGCCAACCUCAAGUACAAGAAUGCAGUGCACAUAAUGCACUGUGUGCUGAUUGGUUACAGUAUACUGUUCACACUGUUUGGUGGAUUGAGUGUGGUGGCUGCUCUACUCUACUUUAUAGUACCACCACCGAUUAUAAAUUUCCUGCAUUGUUUUGACGACACAUACAUGAGGGUUAUGCUGAGUGGGACCAUAAUGAUUACACUCUUCCAGUGGAUAAGCAGCUGCAUUUGGCCACUGUUCAACUAUGAGAUACACCCACACAGACAAGACUAUCAAGUACUGGAGGAGAGUGUUAACUUCAGAUAGUCACCAAUUUUUGUCACAGAGAUUAUAUCACUUUUUAUAUUCCAAGAGAGCCAAAAUUGAUACUCUGAUGCAGCAAUCAUCUCCAUUAUGUAUAUCACAUCAGUUUUUAUGAAUUUCAAAACAAUGACGUAAUGUCAACUAGGAAUCUACACGUACAUGUAGUUAAUUCAGUUGCAGUGUUGAUUGUUUUGUUAGCAUUAUUCUACAGUUUCAACAUGUACGUACUUUGCAUCUAAACGUACGCACGGUACAUGCACAAUGUAUACAUACAUUGCCUACAAAGUUAUUAGAGACAGAAAAAAGUUGAAAUUAAUAGCUUAACUUGUGUAAUGUACAAUUGUACUUCUAGACAGUGAGAGAUUUUCAAUCAAGAUGGAAAAAGAUAUCUGUUCUGCAAUAAUACGGUUUUGCCUCCUUGCUGCUUCUUCUAUUGGUUGGAUCACUCUGACAGUAGGAGGGUGGUUACAGUACAGACAAGUACAAGCAGCUACAUGCGACGAUGAUUUAAAACCGUUUCACAAUGCGUUUCUUGCACUAUUUGCGACACUAUGGAUAGGAGCAGUUCCAUCGUACAUACUGACACUACUGCACUUGAUAGCCAACCUCAAGUACAAGAAUGCAGUGCACAUAAUGCACUGUGUGCUGAUUGGUUACAGUAUACUGUUCACACUGUUUGGUGGAUUGAGUGUGGUGGCUGCUCUACUCUACUUUAUAGUACCACUGAUUAAUAAGAAUGUGCUGCAUUGUUUUGACGACACAUACAUGAGGGUUAUGCUGAGUGGGACUAUAAUGAUUACACUCUUCCAGUGGAUAAGCAGCUGCAUUUGGCCGCUGUUCAAUUAUGAGAGAUACCCUCACAGACAAGACUAUCAAGAACUGGAGGCGAGUGUUAACUUCAGGCAAACACAAUCACAAGUUAACUAAUAAUAACACAAUGCAAUGUUGUGUGUUUUAAUUGUCUCAAUACAUGUAACUUGAUCACCGCAAUUUUGUCCGGUCAGUAUAUAAGUACAUCAGUACAUAAAUAUAAUAUUUUUCUAUUUUGGGGCAAGCAGAGGAAUAAAAUUAAUUGUGUCUUUGAUGGAGAAUCCAAUAAUGUACAUGACUUUUAGGAGAAUAUACAUGUACAAUGGCGGUUAUUUGUCGUUUGCCCUAAUAUGCUGUUACCGUGCCUGGCAUGGCAAUACCCUAAACCAAAUAUACACAGCACCCACACAACCCACUAGCUACUAAAGGAGCUAGGACUCCAAACAAAAUGAAUAUUCCCACAAGUAUAUGCAUCAAUGACCAACUAUAUAGAGGAUGCUGCCUCAUGAGCAUGAGCAUGCAUGCAUCAUAGCUACACUGCAUGGUUUCUAGCAAUUGCAAUAUUUGCAUGGCUAUAGGAAAAUAUCCCUAGCUGCUAUAUAUAUAUAAGGAAAAAAUAAACAAUUAACAAUACUGUAUAUAUUUGGUGAAAAUUGGAAGCAGAUCAUGUACUUACUUCCCUGAACCAAAACAUAUUAUAACCAGCUCCUAUACUGUAAGAGUACACAACUAGCAAGUGCUAUACUGUAAGCAAACCAAGGCAAUGACUGAAACAGCACGUAAUGGCUACCAGUGCGAUUUUGUGGAGAAGAUCUCAAGCUUCUAUAUCUGCAAACAAUGUAAGCUGGUAGCUAAAGAAGCAAGCAUUACAGUGUGCUGUGGGGAGACAUUUUGUUCUAAGUGUCAAGAAGCUAUAACUCGCAGCAAGCAACUUUGCCCAAGCUGUGGAGCUGUCGGGGGGAGCUCAGUGCAACAAGCCAAGUACCAGAAAGCUAUUUCAUCACUCAAAGUUCGAUGCAUUAAGAAACAAAACGGCUGCAAUUGGACGGGGAAAUUAGACAACAUAAAGGAACACUUGCUUGAGUGUGAAUACGCAGAGAUCCAGUGCUCAAAGGGGUGCGAAAUCAAAGUUCAGAGACGGAUGCUAAUUAACCAUUUGAGAGAGGAAUGCCCCGAACGUGAUUUCACGUGCACCCAUUGUAACCACAAGUCCACGUAUCGAGCAGUGACUGAGGAUCACUGGCCCGUGUGCAAGUAUUACCCCCUGGAGUGCCCUAAUCUCUGUGGGGUGCAUUGCGAUCGAGAGAUGCUGGAUGACCACAUGAAAAUGUGCACUAUGGAGAAACUGAAGUGCGAGUUUUCCAAUGUAGGCUGCAAGGCAAGCUAUCUGAGACAAGACUAUGAUCGUCACAUGAGAGAGAAUAUACAUAAACAUUUAGCACUGACAGCGGCUACUGCAGUAAACAGGCACAAGUAUCAGAAUGGAAUGACUUUAGACAGAGUAAUAAAAAAUUUGAGAGAAGAGAUGGAGAGACAAUCUGCAGAGAUAACGGCUAAGAUAAGGACGGAGCUUGAGGGGAGAGUCGAGGAACAAAAGAUGUGGUUUGAACAGAAAAUCGAAGAGCAAAAAUUCGUCUUUACGCAACACUGCCAAGAAAAAGACAUUCAGAUAAAAAUGUUAAAACAGCAGAUGCUCCAAAAGGAUGAAGACCUGCGACAGCUCUUCAAAAGAAACACUGAACAAAUACAGCAGCUUCAUUUCAAUGGUGGCAUUCUCCCAUUCAACAUGACACUAGUUGAUUACCACAAAACACAGCGUACUAAUAACAGCUACGACAGCAAACCAAUGUACACGCACCCUGAGGGGUACAGAUUCAUAUUGCGAUUCUACCCGUGUGGUCUCCAUGGCAAUAGGGGCACACAUCUCUCAAUGGAAGUGUUUUCCACAAAGGGUGAUUUUGAUAAUAAUCUAAUGUUUCCGGCAAAAUUCACUCUGACAGUACAAAUCUGUAAUCAGUACCAAGAUCAGGGCCACUAUGUGGGUGACGUGGGUUGCCAUGGCCGAGAGAACACAAGGCUAGCAACCAUGACACAGUUUAUACCCAAUGCUGAGUUAGAGUGGAAUCCUAGAAAGAAAACUCAGUACCUGAAGGACGAUCAGAUUGUUUUCAAGAUAACAAAGAUUGUUGUACAUCGCUAGUUUACAUUACAUACAGUGUACAUGUAGGUCGUUUAAUUUACAUUUACAAUACAUAUUAUUUUGUAGCUCACUUCUAAUUAAUAGUAUGGCUAAGAGUGCAAUAUGGGAUUAAUAGCACGAGUAACAAGCAAUGGCAAGGCUACUUGUGAUACAGGAUUAAUUGCUGUACACUCUCCAGUCACUAAUAGCACAUCAUACGAUUAUAGGGCUAACUAUGUAUAAACAGUUGAAUCUCUAUUGUAAAAGUACAUCUCAAUAAGCUGCAUAGAUACGUAUAUACAUGUACAGUGUAUGCUAUACUCUACUAAAAUCGGACAAAAUUCUAUGACUCGCAAAUACAGAUUGCCAACUAAAUAAAGGAUUGUUAUUAGAGAAUAAUUAUCAAUCAUGUAAUUAUGAUAUUGUCACCUGCAACUAAUAAUCGUCAAACAUAACAUUUUUGGCUUGUAUGCAAUAAUUGCCAACUGUAUGUACACUUUGUCAACUGAAACUGAAAAUACUAAUUGUAGAGCACAAACAUUUAACUCACUGUCGUCCAAAAAAAAAUUGUCAUGUAAUCAUAAUUUUUAACGAUGUACAAUAAUUAUUAUCUUAAUGCACUCAUGAGGAGUCUCAACAACCCUUACAACUGUGUAACAAGUGCUAUAAGCUGCGCUGUGCUAAUGCCUCUCGCCAUGUUUUACUUUCGCUGAAAAACUAUUAGAGUGUUAUAGAAGAGGUAAUUAUAGUUUGCUUUGUAUAUAAUGUUACGUUAUUACUAUUGAUUGCAAUUGUUGACAAUGAAUUCCACACAGGAGAAGAGCUCAGAAGUCAAUCUGACGGCUUGAUGAAUAAUCUUCAAGAAUAGAAGCAACUGCAUGAUAUACAAUGUAGAAGAAUUUUGCAUUUCCUGUCAAUGAAUCUACAUGGUAGCAUUGUAGUGUUCCGUGGCUUACCAGGAUCUCAUGAAAAGCAGAAGAAAUUAUAUUCUGUUAAGGAUCUCUGCAUACAUGUGGGAUUGAAUGCGCAUGCGCAGAAAAAGGGGUGUAUUCGCAAUAGCCAAUAGGUUCAAGUUCGGCAAUGGCUGCUGCACUCUGGCAGUACAGCUUUGCAGCUCUUUUAAGAGACUGAAACAGCCUUCACUGUAAGUAAAAUUUCAUAACUGGAAAAUAAAGCUUUAGUUUGCUACAAAUCCACGAAUCAAAAUCCAAGAGAACGUGGCUAGAAGCCUAUAGAAGCUGUUAGUUUUCAUUGCAUUGCAACCGUUGAGCAGUUACGGCUGGAAUACACACGCGCGUGCGCACACACACACACACACACACACACACACACACACAGUAGAGCUUUACUGCAUCCCUUGUGCGGCUACGCCUCGAGGCAUAAUAAUGCUUGCACAUUAUAUUGUAGAUGCUAUGGAGACUUUGGGCCACAUUAACCAGACUGCAUUACAGAGGGUGACCACAAUGGACAGGUUUCACUGUCAUCGUCAAUGUAAGCAAUGAGGGUACUGUAAUAUUCCUAAGAGUUCAAAGGUAUACUUUUGAAGCUAUAUUACAAUAUAGUUACAUGUAUAUCGAAAAGACAGGAAUUAAAAACACAAACCCAAUCAAUGGAUUUCAUACCGAAAGAUAAAGCUACACAUCAAAGAGCUACAAUUAAAGACUUAAACACUCUAGAUUCCAGAUACGGGCGAUGAAAAGUAAAAACAACACUGCACGACCACAAACACCAAUA